UUCACUCAUCCUUUUCUUCAUCUCCACGAAACAAUAUGAAACAAAACAAAUCCCUCUAGGAUAGAGAUAGAUAGAUGUCAUUAUGAGGAUGGCAAUGUCAGAAUUGCUUCUGCAAAUCCAGAAAGCCAUUCCUUUCUCCACUCCCUCUCCCAUCGUUUUCCCCAUAUAUAAAUUCUUCCCACAUUCUGAUUCCCUUUCCCAAAUCAUUUCUCUAACUAACAAAACUAAUCACCAACUUCCACCAUUUCCAAACAUUCUUCAUCUUACCCAUGUCUUUGACCCCACCCCAAUCCACAACCAACAACCGCCAUACCACAACCUUCCAGCUCUACUGGUGCCACCAAUGCCACCGCACCAUUACCCUCGCCUCAGCACACACGUCGGAGCUCAUCUGCCCACGCUGUUUUGGGCAGUUCAUUGAAGAGGUUCAACUCACCCUCCCUGAAUUUAAUCCCUUGCCAGAGGCUCGAUUAUUUGAAGCCCUCUCACUAAUGCUCAACCAGCCAAUUCGUCUCUUCAAUAACAGAACCCCAAAUGGGAACCGCCACCAUCCACCAUUGCACAGGUUCGAGGAAUUUGAUCGGAGAUCGUUUAGUGAUCCUGAAGGAGAUGAAUUGCCUCAAUGGCGAAGACGAUGGCGCAGUCGAAGUCUGGACGAGAGGGACAACUUUGGCCCACAACCUCCAAAUCCAAAUCAGUCUCGUACUGUUAUCGUUUUUGGUCCCCCUGACCAACUUCAGCCAAUCCAGCCGAUAUUACCACGGAGGGUCAGUCCAAGAGACUACUUCACUGGACCACAACUAGAUGAGUUAAUUGAAGAGCUGACGCAGAACGACCGACCAGGACCGGCACCGGCAAGCGAGGAGGCAAUUGAGAGGAUUCCAAUGGUGAAAAUAGCAGCAGAGCAUCUGAAGAACGACUCGCACUGCCCAGUUUGUAAGGAAGAGUUUGAAGUGGGGGGAGAAGCAAGGGAGUUGAGUUGUAAGCAUAUAUACCAUUCGGAGUGCAUAGUGCCAUGGCUUCGGCUUCAUAACUCAUGCCCAGUUUGUAGGCAAGAGAUGCCGUCAUUGACACCGGAGAAUGAAGCGUCGAGUAGUUCUGAAGAGGAAGGGAUGGGGAGAAGAUGUGCCAGAUGGUGGAGUCAGCUGGUGCCUUGGCCAUUUCGGAAUAGGUAUAGGCAGAUUAGUCCAUUUCCACGGAACCGCUUCGAUGCUUCUUCUCGAGAAAUUAAUUCAAGGGGUGGUUCAUCCUACCUCGCUUCCUCAGCCCUUCUAAUGUCGAUGUUUAUGCUGCAAAUAACUUGGAUUUUACUUGAAACUCUUCGCUAGAAAUGUAAACACGUGUGUGCAUGUACGAAGACACUGGAAACAAAAAAUGUAUUCUUUAGAUUCAUUACCAUGGUACACAUUUG